CAACACAACAUCUGAAAUGUGAAUGUCAGCAUAAAGCGCAUACGCAUCAACUAGAAGAAGUGAAAAUUCUGACUACGACGACAGCAGUAGAAUUAGAGCAUAAAUUUAAACCCUUGGAAAGAAUUACAAAAACAAUUGGGCCACAGAGCACCAACUGGACAAACAAUUUGAAAAAAUAUCGCAACAAUAACGCAACGUCUCUAUGCCGUAUAGAUCACACGCAGGCAAAACGUCAAAGACUUGGUAAUCAAUUUGUGGUGCCACGAAAUAGUUGGUGGUGCGUUUGAAUUGAUAGAUUACAAAACUGCAGUGCACAAACGUGUGUUUGUGAGAAAGUGAACAAGCCACACAAAUAACAAAAUGUCCAGCGCCGGUGAAGAGCCACGCGUAGCAGAAAUUGCCGCAUCCAGUAUUCGUUCCGGAUUAGCUGAACUUGAAUUGAAAUCGGCGCAAGUAUUACGAGGUCUGGAAAAUAUCAAAACCGCACCAAUUAAUGAAACACCCGUUGCUUUGCCGGAAAGUGCCGCAGACACUGUUGACGCUGGUGGAAAUGCCAACACACAAAAUGAAGCGAGCUCGCCGCCCGAUAUUCCAACUACGCCAAAGCAUACAACACUGUUGUAUGGCGACUGCAAGCCACCGGGCGAAAUACUAAAAUCGCUCGAAACCCUAAUCACUUAUUCUGAGUCCGAUGAUGAUCCGGAAUUUCCACUACCUGGCCUGGAUGAUGUGGCACAAUUAGCGUUAAUAUCGCACAGUAUUGUUGCCUACCUUACGCAUCUAGAUCGCCAGCACUUGGUGCGCGUUUCCAGCAGCAUUGCCGGAGACACCACACGCUGGCUGGGUACACUCUUUCGUUUCCUCGAUCCGGGCAGUAGUUUUCACACAGACAACGCCGAUGCUAUACUGCGAGCAGUGCGUUUGGCGAUAGUGGCACGUUGUCCUGGCUACCUCGAGGGUGGCAUACCAGCAUUAGCGCAUCCAUGCUUCUACAUUUCGGAGAAUACAACACCGCUGCGACUGCAAUAUGCUUGCCGUCAGUUGGGCAUACCUUUAGAUGCGAUACGUCUGAUACCGGCCAAUAGUACUUUCGGCACAAUGGAUCUAUCGCUGCUGCUCAAGCAGGUGCAAGCAGAUUUGAGUGCCAAUCGUACACCUUUACUAGUGGUGGCCGAUGUGGGUGCGUCAUUAUGUGGUUACGUUGACAAUUUGCAGCGCAUGAGUGACAUCUGCCGGACGCACAACAUUUGGCUGCAUGCCACUGGGCAUGGUUUGGCGGCGCUGGCGUGCGCGCAGGGGCCAAAUACGAUCAGCGGCAUUGUUGACUCAAUUGUUUUGAAUUUGGGCAGUUGGUUGGGCGUACCAAGUCUACCCAUAGUGCUACUUCAUCGUCAAUUGCAAAAUUCCGCACUAACCGCCUUCGAAUCGGAUCCGAUACUAUCGCGUCGCCUGCAUUCGCUAUCGCUAUGGACCAGCCUGCAAGCUUUAGGACGCGAUGCAAUUGCCGAACGUAUCCAUGUUGCAUUCCAAACGUGUAGUAUUCUCUUUGAGAUCACAUCCAAGUGUGAAGGUGUGCGUGUAGUGAGUCGCGCACCUGGCGGCCAAUCAGGCACCACGCUGAACGAUGUCAUAAAUAAGCCUUUAGACGCUAAUUUGCUUUUCGAGACUGUUGCAUCUGUGGUUGUAUUUCAAUUCGAUGGCAGCGCCACUGUACCAACAACAGUUGGCAAAACCGAUAACGAGCAUUUGAACGCUUUGGAGAAUAGCGGUAAGGUGUUCGAGAAGCUCGGUAAUGCCUCGUACUUUGAUCGCUUGAAUUCUUGGUUGGGACAAAUUCUGCAACGCGAUUGCCCUAAUUUUGAUUUCGAAAUCAUUGAGCAUCCCACACAAGGUACUUGCGUACGCUACUGCCCACUCGAGUUGGGUUUGGGUGAGCAGCCGCCCACAUCGGAGAAUUUAGAGAGUUUCGCACAUUUUCUCGAUGGCAAUGUGGAUAUUUUACGCUCUACGAUUAAACACAAAGCCACAUUUAUACGGUUGGUGGAGAAGAGCGAUGUGCUGCGUAUGGUCAAUCUGCCCGAGUGGGCGGGUAUGGGUGGUGUGCGUUUUGUGCCCGAAGGUUGGGAGUCAUUACUCACCGAUCAAGCCAAAACAGAGUUAAAUAAGCUAAAUGCCGAUCUCGUUGAAGCAUUAAAGUCAACCGAUAAUGCGUUCUCGCUGGGCGAGGGCAUAGAUGGACUGAUCUGCGUGCGCUUCGGCAUGGUUACGCGUGAAACGGAUGUCGAAGAGCUGCUGGAUUUAGUUGUUUCGGUGGGCAAGAGUGUGCAAGAGAAUUCAAGGGUGUUGGAUACCAUGUCGGAGAUCGUGAAAAAGGGCAUCGAGGCUGCCACCGCUGAUUUGCAGCGCGAGACCGAGGAGAAGAUGUGGCAGGACGGCAUUCUGCGACAUGUGCCCGUUGUGGGGCGUGUCUUCAAUUGGUGGUCACCGCCCGCUAAAGAGGCUGGUGGUAUCAAAGGACGCAGUCUUAAUCUAACGCAAGGCGUUGUCGAGAGCACCGAAAACAUUUACAGAUAUCACAUGCAAAUGUCGGGCUCGCCACAUCAAACAGGACGCUCACCACCCACACCCAUGGUGCAAACUCCCGUCAUCUCCGCUGCCAACGCAGCGCCGCCAGUCUUUCCCGAUCCAGCAUCACAAAUGCAAACAGCACCAUUACAACAACAGCAGCAGCAGCAGCAGCAGCUGCAAACGCAACAGUCAACUACGAAUAGUUUCGCUGAGGCCAGUGAUGGUCAUGCGCGCAAUAUAAGCCAAAGUAGUGAACAUUCUUCGGUGCCUGAAUUGGUGCCCGUCAAUAACGCGAAUGCGAUUGUAAUUAAUAAUGGCAAAUAAAUCAGUAGUACUAGGAA